GAAUUUCAUCCAUCGUACCAUCAUCCUCUCGCGUACCGUUUAUUGACAACAUGUGCUGUUAAGUACGUUGCUAGCAUUCAACACAUAGAUACACCUCAGGACAGGAACAAUUCUCAACUUUCUGGUUGACAGCAUCGUGCUAGACUGUCAUGUCUUGUUAUACCCCCAUCGACAUACCCGCGUCUGGCGAGAAGACCUUCGUAGACUACUCUCGCUGGAAACUCACGUAUACCGAGGACGGUGGUCACAUCUGGAAAUACCUCAAGACUGAUGAGGAGAUACAGUCGUUACCUCAGACAGUGUUAGACAAAUACUGGCUUGGGCUUCCAUUGAACUUGCCUGCUUUACCUCCUGCAAAGGAUGCUCUGUCUGCUGCGCGUAACGGUCUACACUUCCUCAAGCAUCUCCAAGCCGAAGAUGGUCAUUGGCCAGGGUCCUAUGCCGGCCCCAUGUUUCUCUUACCUGGUCUUGUCAUUGGUUCCUACGUGACUCGCAUGACAUUCCAAGAAGAGGAACGAUUAGAGAUCAUACGGUACUUGCUUAACCGCGCUCAUGCAGAAGACGGGGGAUGGGGCAUUCAUAUUGAGGGUCCUUCCACCGCGUUUGGGACCGCUCUUAACUACGUUGUGCUGAGGAUUCUUGGAGUAUCUGCCGACCAUCCUGCAUUGGUCAAAGCUAGAGGCACGCUCCAUCGCCUUGGUGGAGCCACGCAUGUCCCUCAAUGGGGCAGUUUCUGGUUGUCCAUACUGAAUGUAUAUGACUGGGAAGGCAACAAUCCGAUCCCUCCUGAGUUGUGGGUACUUCCCGAGUGGCUCCCCUUCCAUCCUUCUCGGUGGUGGACUCAUUGUAGAAUGGUAUAUAUACCGAUGUGCUACCUUUACGGAAUUCGUUGGUCUAUGCCAGAAAAUGACCUAAUUUUGGCUUUGCGAGAGGAACUUUAUACCCAGAACUACUAUUCAAUUGACUGGCCGGCACAACGGAACACGGUUGCCGAAAUAGACCUGUAUGUCCCUCAUUCGACCCUCCUCAACGUAGCAAAUCUCGCUUUAGGUGCCUACGAGAACUGCGUACACCCAGCUAUUCGUCGCAAAGCUCUGGACAUAUGCUAUAAACAAGUAAUCUACGAGGACGAGAACACGGGAUAUCAAGACUUGGCUCCCGUCAACAUGAUGAUGAAUUGUAUCGUCCGUUACGCCGAGGACGGGCCUGAUUCCCAGGCGUAUAAGAAGCACAUGAAAGCGAGGGCUGACGCCAUGUGGGUCUGUGAAGAUGGUAUGUUCAUGGGUGGCACGAAUGGAUCGCAACUGUGGGAUAUCGUGUUUAUUGCUCAAGCGUUGGUGGAAUCUGGUCUCGGUGCGGAGGAGGAGAACCGAGAGUGUUUGUCGAAGGCCUUGCAGUGGCUUGAUCAGUGUCAAAUCAAAGAAAAUCCGAAGUUUAUGAAGGAGGGUCACAGGCAUCCGACUAGGGGUGCAUGGCCGUUCUCUACGAGGACUCAAGGAUAUACCGUUAGCGACUGUACAGGCGAGGGCCUGAAAGCUGUCAUUUAUAUCCAGGAACACGUUCCUGGUAUGCCGAAGCUCGUAUCUGAGCGCCGUCUCUGCGAUGCAGUAGAUAUCAUGCUGGGAAUGCAGAACGCUGAUGGUGGCUUUGCGAGUUACGAGGUCAUUCGCGGUCCUGGCUGGCUUGAAUUGCUGAAUCCAGCCGAGGUAUUCGGAGAUAUUAUGAUCGAGCACAGCUAUCCUGAAUGCACGACGUCGGUCAUUACAGCACUAUCGAUCUUUACCAAACAUUAUCCUCACUAUCGCGUAGCUGACAUCGAACACGUUACCAAGAGGGCGGUCGAGUUCCUCCACAAUGCACAAAAACCUGAAGGCGGUUGGUAUGGUUCAUGGGGCAUAUGUUUCACUUAUGCUACGCAAUUCGCAUUGGAAAGUCUCUCUUUGGUUGGAGAGAUAUACACGACUAGUAAGUCGGCCCGUAGAGCUUGCGAUUUCCUCGUGAGCAAGCAACGUGCCGAUGGUGGUUGGGGUGAGAGCUGGGAGUCCUGUGAGAAGAUCGCUUGGGUAGAGCACAAGGAUAGUCAAGUUGUCCAGACGGCUUGGGCGACCAUGGCACUCAUUUAUGGUCGCUAUCCCCAUCCUGAGCCCAUCGAACGUGCAGUCCGUCUGGUCAUGUCUCGUCAAAACCCUGAUGGUUCUUGGCCUCAAGAAGCCCUUGAGGGUAUUUUCAACAAGACUGUCACUAUCGCUUACCCGCUCUUCAAAUCGUCGUUCUCGAUUUGGAUGUUGGGCAAGGCACAUCAGUACCUUGCCGAGCUGCAGGCUGAGAAGGCGAAUGGGUAUUGAGUGACCUAUAGUGACGGAUCCCUACUGGUUGAUUUGGCUGGAUAUAAGGACUGCUCGUAUACCUGAUAAUUGUUCGGAAUUUAUGGUUGUGAGUCUUGUGUAAGCAAGGAGACGUGAACUGUCAAUCUCGCAUUCGUGCCGGUACAAACCGCCUAAGGACGACCUCCCUUACAGAGUAAUGUGCUAAACAAGCCGGUGAAGAUAGAAGAUCAGUCGACACCCUCGACCGUGCAGGUAUUGUAACGUAGGCCAGGACGAGUGUCUGUAAACGCUUUCAGUAAAGUCUUGAGUGACGAAGAAGCAAUGUCAUGCGUACUUUUUGGACUU